AUGGCCGAGUCUGCCUCCGCCGUCGUCGCCGCGCUGGCGGCCAAGUGCGCGGCGCUCACGUCCCAGCUCGACGACUCGGCGCUCGACGCCCAGCUCGCCGCGGCGGCGGGCAACGUCGCCGUCGCCGGCGCGCCGCCCGCGGCCGCCGUCCCAAAGUCCUGGGCGUCGGGCAAGGAGGACGCCAUCGGCGUGGCGCUCGCCAUCUUCGUCACGGCGGCCAACGACCUCGAGCGGGGGUCCGUGAAGCUCGCGCUCUGCUGCGGCGACGGGUCCGCGACGGGUGCCCAGGCCGCGAGUUUGUGCGACGAGCUCGGCCCCGCGGCGGACGCCUUCGCGACGGCGGCGCAGGUCCUCGGCGGCGACGGCGCCGGCGCCGGCGCGCCGCUCCGGGCCCUCGCGCGCGGCGCCGCGCGGCGCUUACUCGAGGCGCUCCGGGCGCUCGCGGCGUCGCUCGCGGCCGGCGACGGAUCGCAGAACGCGAAAAGCGGCGUCGUCUGGGAGGCCGCGGGCGCCGCGCGGCAGCUGCCCGCGUCGAACCGCGCGGCCUACCGCCGCGAGUUCCUCUCCUGGGCGACGGAGCUCAAGGACGCCAUCGCCGAGUUCGGCGAGCUCGCGGCCGCGGAGGCGUUCUCCUACGACGCCAUCGACGACGGCUUCGGCGGCGACGACGACGCCUACGGCGACGCGGAGCGGCCCGCGGCGGCGGCCGUCGUCGAGUGCCUCCGGGUGCUCGGCGCGACCUACAAGGACGUGCUCGUGGCCAUGGACGCCGCGGGCAAGGCCGGGGAUUUCGGCUUCGUGGCCUCCGUCUACGGCGCGGGCGCCGCGCUCCGGCGCAGCGCCACCACCCUCGCGGAGGAGCUCUACCCGCCCCUCGACCCCGCGACGCUCGGCGCGGCGCUCGAUGGGGCCGCCGGGGCCAUGGCCGCGGUCCUCGCGGUCCUCGACGCGCGCGCGGGGCUGCCGCCGCCGCCGCCGGGCGCGCCGCCGACGCUCCGCGCGCGCUGGGACGCGAAGCGCGACGCGGCGGCGGCGCUCGUCGCCGCGCUCCCCCCCGCGGAGCCCGUGCUCAUGGUGCCCCUCAUGUCUCCUGCGCUCUCUCAUGCGCGCAAGUAUGCGCUCCAGGGCGACUCCGCUGCUGGAGGCCUUGCUGGAACCUGCCGCUUUCAAAGUACUAUGGCACCGUCCCCGACGAUUCCGUUGACGCCGCGCGCCUCGGCUUCGCCUCGCGCUGCGCCCACGCCAGACACAUUGACACCGUCGAAGCGCCGCCGUGAUGGUGAUGAUAUCACGCGCACUCGACUGGAUUUUGAUGCGCUGACGACGCCGCCGCUGGCUUUGCCGGGCGUCGACGGCGCGAUCAACCCGCAGCCGGAAUGUGCGCUCAAAAAGUACGGGAAACAAUGUUAUAAGUGCGGCGAGACCGGGCACUGGACUCGUGAAUGUCCCCUUGAUGGAUCAAUGAUCGCCAGAUUCGCGAGUGCGUGUCCCCGCUGCCCGCGGAUGAUUAUCGCGGGCGAUCGAAUCGGGAAGAUCUUCGGCAAGUGGUCGCAUCACAGCUGCGCGUACGCGGCGUCGGCGCGGUCGAGACGGCCGGCGCUUCCGCCGCCGCCGCCGCCGCGGAGCGAGACCGACGCCGUCCUCGAGGAGCUCGACGCGGCCGUCUCGGGGCCCGGGAAGCUCAUCGUCGUGAACGGCGUCGCCGGAGCCGGCAAGUCGCGGCUGCUCCGCGACUGCUACGCGCGCGCGGGCCCCGGUUCGCGCAAGGUCGCGCUCGUCUUCAACGCGGACGCGGGCGCGGAGCUCCGCGCGGCCGGCCUCGAGGCCCGCGGCCGGAGCCUCGGCGCGCGGACCGCGCACAGCCUCGGCUGGGAGCUCUGCCGCGCGCUGCGGGGCGGCGCGCGGCUGACGGAGCGGGAGCUCGGCGACGACGACCACGCGGCCGCCGCGGACGCGGGGGCGCCGGCGCGGGGCGGCGCCGACAAGACGAAUCGGAUCCUCGACGCCUUCUGGCCCGUCGACAAGCUCUCGGACGGCGCGAGAGCGAAGAAGUCGCUCCGCGUCGCCGUCUACGGCGCGUUCGUGCGCGACGCCGUCUCCUUCGCCAAGCAGGCCGGCGUCGGCGUGGCCGAGAUCGUGCCCGACGACGACGAGGACGGCGCCUGGGACCGCGUCAUCGCGCGGCAUCGCCUCGGCGACCUGCUCUCGGAUUGGUCGUUGGACCGCGGGGGGCUCAGCGCGGCGCGGCAGAAGCGAGUGAAGCGGGAGUGGCCGGUGCUCGCGUCGCGGAUCGCGGAGGCGCGUCGCAUGGCGCGGCGCGUCUUCGCGGAGAGCGUGCGCCUCUGCGAGGCCGGCCGCUUCGACUUUGACGACAUGAUCUUCGCGCCCCUGCUGCUGCGCGGCGGCGGCGCGGGCGUCUUCGGCACCUUUGAGUUCGUCUUCGUCGACGAGGCGCAGGACUCGAGCCGCCUGCGGCGCCACCUAUACCGGAAGCUGCUCGCCCCGGGCGGGCGCCUGCUCGUCGUGGGCGACGACAACCAGGCGAUCAACGCGUUCGCGGGCGCGGACCACGGCGCGAUCGAGCGCUUCGUCGAGGAGAAUUCCGAUCUCGCCGCGCCGCGCUUCAAGCUGACGACGUGCUACCGGUGCGCCGAGGCCGUGAUCGACCUCGCGAACGACCACCUCCGCAAGGUCGACGACGCCGCGGACCCCAUAAUGAUGCGGCCGCGGACCGACGCCCCCGAGGGCCGCGUCGAGCGCGACGUCACCUUUUCGUCGCGUCCGCUGCCCCAGGAAGCGGGCGACACCGUCGUCCUCGGCCGCUGCAAUCGAGACCUCGUGCGGCUGCUCUACGUCCUCGCCCGGCAGGGGCGCACGUGCCGCAUGCGCGGCCGCACGGACCUCGCGAAGAAGCUCCGCAAGCUCGUCAGGGCUUGCGCGGCCUCGGGCGCGCGGGACCUCGACGACUUCGAGAGCGAGGCGACGUGGCGCGCCGCCAGGAAACAAUUCGACUUCGACGGCGAGGACAUCUGCGAAAUCCUGACUGUCGUCGUCGACGAGCUCCGCGCCGGCGAGCCCGUCGCCGACGUCGCCGAGGCGAUCGACGCGGAGAUCGCGGCGCGUUUCGAAAGCGAGGAGAAGAUGACGGACGCGCUGCUGUCCACCGUCCACAAGGCGAAGGGCGGCGGCUGGAAGCGCGUCUACAUCCUCCAGCCCGAAUGCCUGCCGCACCCCUAUUUGAUGAAGACGAAGCUCGACAAGCGCCAGGAGUACAACGCCUACUACGUCGCCAUCACGCGCGCGAAAGAGUGCCUCUACUUCCUGAAGAACGUGCCGCGGAACGCGCGCUUCGAGGACGUCCUCUUCCCGCCCGUCGGCGACGACGCGCUCGGCGCGAACAGCGAUUGCGACGACGACGCGCCCCCCCGCGCCGAGUUCGACUGGCGCCAAGCCUACCGCGACUCCUUUCGCAGCGGGUCCGACGACGACGACGACGACGCGGCCGCCGAGCCGCCGGCGACGACGGCCGACGACCUCGCGAUCCUCGGGUUCCCGCCCGACGCGUCGCCGGACGACGCGGAGAUCCGCCGCGCGUACCGGUUGGCCGCGCGCCGCGAGCUUCGCGGCGCGAGCGCGGAGCGACGACGACGACGCCUCGGGGGGCCGUGCGUCUUCCGCCUCGAGGUGCUCGAGGAAGGGCGCGUAGAUCGACGAUUUCGCGACGAUCCACCAGCCGGGCGCGCCGCCGGGCCGCUCUGGCGGCGGUCGCCGCGCGCGGAGGAGGAACAGGACGUCGGUGAACAGCUUCGGCGGCAUGCCGACGUCGAGCUCGACCAUGGCCACGUCCGGGCCCGCGAAGUCGAUGGACUGGACGGAGUCGCGCGCGGACGCGCGCGGAUCCUCUCGGAGGUGCGCGAAGCGCCGGUGGUCCGGCGAAGCCCAGCGAUUCUGUACCAUGUCGACGAAGUCGUCCGACGGUAUGGACCGGACGCCGUCGUCGGUGGCAAACGUGAGCCGCGCCUCUGGGUGGAAGACGCGCGCCAUGCCCGCGCCGUCCGCCCGUCGAUUCGAGCCGACGUAGCGCCCCCACGCGGCCUCGGCGACGGCCGCCGCCGCGUCCGGCGCGACGGCGCCGGCGAAGCCGCCGUCCGCGAGCGCGCCCGACGCGUAGACCUUGGCGACGAUCUUCCACGUCGCGCCGUCCCGCAGCAUGGCGACAAAGUCCGUGUAGAGCACCGGCUGGGUCGUCGGCGUCGGCGACGUCGGCGCCGCCGGCAACGCGAUCUGCACCUUGGCCGUGCGGAGGCUGUCUCCGAGAGCGCGCGUGCACAGGACGCGGUCGUGGCGGCGCAGCUCCGGGCUCGCGCCGCGCGUCAGCGCGCCGGCGCGGAAGGCGCUGUGGUCGCGGCUGACCACGGACCCGUCGGGAUCCAGGCCGAGCAGCUUGCCGCACGGAUGGAACAUGGCGUCGAAGGCAUCGCCGUCGCAGUCGUGGAGCGCGGUAAAGUAGAGCUGGAGGCAUGCCUCUGGCGUGGAUGCCAUUGCGCUGGUCGUGGGGCGGCUCGAAGCACGUCGAUAACGGGCUGCCACGGGCUCGCGCUCUAA